AUGCGAGGAAAACAAUCGAUUCAGGUUGCAUUUCACAAGUUGGAUGAUAAAGGUAAUCAUGACUAUUUGGUUCGCUUAAAUGCUUCAAUUGAUGUGGUAAGAAUUCUCUUGAAUCAAGGUUUGGCACUCCGCGGUCAUGAUGAGAGUGAAUCGUCAUUGAACAAGGGUAAUUUUCUUGAAGUUCUUUCAUGGUACGCGGAUAGAUAUGAUGAAAUUAAACCUUAUGUGUUGGGAAAUGCUCCAAAAAAUAAUAAAAUGACUUCUCAUGAUAUCCAAAAAGAUAUUGUGACUCAUGUUGAUGAAUCUAGAGAUGUGUCACGCAAAGAGCAAAUGGCUAUUUGCUUGCGAUAUGUUGAUAAAAAGGGAUUUGUGAUGGAGGCAUUUAUUGGACUUGUUAAUGUUAAGGAUACUAGUGCUUUAUCUCUGAAGAAAGCAAUUGUGGAUGUGCUUGUUCACCACUCUUUAACUUUAUCUUAUGUGGGAGAACUUGUACUAUUGGUUUCAAAUAUUUUGACUGUGUUGGGAUCUUCUUUUAAAUGUGUGGAUGCAUUUCGAGAGUCUCAAAAAGAAAAACUCCGAGACGUAUUAGAUAUGGGUGAGCUAGAAACGGGUAGAGGCCUGAAUCAGGAACUUGGUCUUAUUAAGGCCGGAGCAAGCGCAUCAGGAUUUCUCAGAAGUUGUCAAACGUUUGAGACUGUUUUCUUAUUGCAUUUGAUAACUGAUAUUUUAGGAAUCACAUACGAUCUUAAUGUGUCAUUACAGAAAAAGGAGCAAGAUAUUGCAAAUGCCAUGAUUCUUGUUAAGGUAGCAAAGAGAAGGUUGCAAGCUUUAAGAGAUAAUGAAUGGGAUCCACUCUUAAAAAAGAAUAUUGGAUGGGAUUCACUUAAAGAAAAGGUUGAAACCUUCUGUAUCAAGCAUAAAAUUCCAUUACCCAAUUAUGAUGAUCCAUAUGCUAACUCUGGGAGAUCACGACGUAAAGUGGUUGAUCAUUCAACUUUGCAUUAUUACCGUGUGAAUAUGUUUUAUAAAAUUAUUGAUUGGUAUUUACAAGAACUUAAUGAUCGUUCCAACGAGGUGACAAGUGAUUUGCUUAAUGGAGUAGCUUGCUUGAAUCCAAUUAAUUCAUUUUCUAGUUUUGACAUAAAAAAGAUAAUGAGAAUGGCUGAAUUAUAUCCUGAUGACUUUGAUGGAUUUAGCAUUAGGGCCCUUGAGAAUCAACUUGCUAAUUACAUUAUUGAUGUUCGCGAUAUUGAUAAAAGGUUCUCCAAUUUAGGUGGACAUGGGGAACUUUCAAGAAAGUUGGUUAGGACAAAGAAGCAUUUAACCUAUUCUCUUGUAUUCCUUUUGGUGAAUUUUGCUUUGCUUCUACCAGUUGCCACUGCGACAGUUGAAAGAGCUUUCUCAGCAAUGAAGUUUAUCAAGAAUGACUUGCGGAAUCGAAUGGAAGAUGAAUUCCUAGAUGGUUGCAUGGUGCCUUUUGUAGAAAAGAAAGUAUUUAAAGAUGUUUCUAAUGAGUGUAUUAGAAAAACAUUUCAAGAGAUGAAGCCCCGUCAAGUGCAAUUGUAA